CCAAAUUCUCGUAGGAGCACAGAACAUGGGGAAGGGCAAGGGCAAGGGCAAACAAAAAGCCGUAAGAAACGAAAAACAACCGUUAAGUCUUACCAUACACAAUGAAAACUCAAUCACCAACCAAGAACAAACUGAUGCUUUCUCAAAAUUCCCAGCGGAAAUCUUAUUGGAAGUAGUCUCGCGCUUGCCACCCAAAGACAUAUGCAACAUCAGGAGUGUCUCAAAAGGCAUCAAUAAUUUGACAAGAAGGCCAGACUUCGCAGCCAAACACUUCCAUAAUUGCAAAGCUCUUUCUGGUAAUCUCACAGGAUUCUUCUCCCAGAGUUUUUCAACGCAAAGUGUAUGGCGGCACAAUGAGAGCUGGUUCAUUAAUGGUCAAGCUAUCCAUGGCCCUGAUUUUGUUGCCAUAAAAUCUGAAGCUGAUCGUGUUCCAGAUUCUCUCUUCAAUUUCUUAAAGAAGGGGAACAACAGCAACGAUUUGGUCGAGCUUAUUGAUUCUUGCAAUGGUUUGUUACUUUGUUGCACUCACACUGGGAUAGAAUCGUUCAAAACGUGGUUCGUUUGUAAUCCUUUGACCAUGGAACAUGUCACUCUUCCAUAUCCUGUCAAACGAUCUAACCUGGUCUACUUUGGGUUGCUUGCAGACACAACCAACUCUGGUUAUCUUCAAUAUAAGGUGAUUUGUAUUUUUAAUCCGAAAGACGAUGACUCCUGUUCUAUGUUGUCGGUUUUUUCAUCGAAAACGGGUGAGUGGAAGGAAUUUGAGGAGAGCCUUCGCCUUUAUGCCACCAUACCAUGAUGGGUUCGAAGGUUGUAUACAACAGCAAGCUAUUUUGGGAUUGUCUUGAAGGUCACAUUCUUGUAUGUCACUUAAACAAGGAAGGGGUUUGAUGAUGAGACUCCUGUCUGGUCUCUCUCUAUCAAUGACGAGGAGGAACUUGAGUGGAAGGUUGAAGGUUGCGAGGAGUUUGAGAUGUUGGCAGAAGAUGUCGGCAACGAACUCGUUAGUUCGUUGUGUAAUGUAUUGGUGCAAAAAAAACCAAACAUUGAGUUUAACAUAAUAGGUUUCAACCCUGAAUCUAAAGAGAUUUAUUUAUGGGAGCCAGAUCCUAGUAAUUUUAUUCUAAGUUAUGAGUUUACAGAAAGGAAUUGCAAGUGCCUCUGGGGUUCUGGACGUGGACCAUGCCGUAUUUUGCCAUAUGUGCAUAGCUUUGCGCCGAUUCAGAUUGCCAAGAUGAAAGAAGGGGAAGGCAAACACUAUGUUGAUGUGAAGACAAACAAGAAGAAAACCAAAGGCAAACAUGUUGCUCCACGUUCUCAAAGAACCAACUAAUCUGUUGGUUUACAAUGGACUCUAGCCAGUAGCCAUGAGUGAUUGCGCUAAUUUGUCUAUUAUUUAGUA